UUUGUACAAAGGGAAAUACAUUUCCUUAGUAACCAGGCCCGGUUUCUAGGACAAAGAACGCGGCGGGAAAGAAGGGGGAGUCACGAGUGGCCAAAUCUCGCACAUGAAAAGAUGGCUACAUCUGGCAUUGCUAAUCGUGUGAAAACCUGGCUUGCAUCUACGUGGCAUGUUAAAGUACCCAAUCCGUGGUUAGAGGCUUGCAUUAAUUGGAUUCAAGAAGAAAACAAUGGUUCAUCUUUACUACAAGCUGAAAUUAAUAAACAAGUUUUUGAACAAUGGCUUCUAACGGAUUUAAGGGAUUUAGAGUUUUCAGUUUUGCCAGCUAACUUAUCUGAUUCCCUAAAAUUUGAAUUAAAUGGCUUUUAUGCGAUACAGAUUGAUUCCUUAGUAGAUGUAAGUCAGCCUGCCUAUUCCCAGCAUCAAAAAUUAAAAGGAAAAGACAGCACAAAUGAACAAGUUACAUGCACAACACAAAUAAGCCAAAAGCCAUGGGAGGCAAAACCAACACGAAUGCUCAUGUUACAACUGACUGAUGGAACACAGCAUAUCCAGGGUAUGGAAUACCGGCCAAUCCAAGUUUUAAAUGCUAAUCUCUCUCCAGGUACCAAGAUGCUGUUACAGGGCUCUAUUGUCUGUCGGCUGGGGGUACUCCUUCUUAAACCUGAAAAUGUUAAAGUUCUUGGUGGAGAAGUAGAAGCCCUUGUAGAAGAGUAUACACAAGCUAAAGUUCUUUCAAGGUUAAUUGGUGUUGAGGACAACACUUCAGUUCAACAUUCAAAUGUUCAAGAACAGACUGCAGGUGUAGCUGUUGGGGAACUAGGGCAAGCUCUUGGCCCAUCAGAUGAGGAUUUGUUAGCAAGCCUUGAGGAGAAUGAAGAGUUUUCAGUUAAUAAUGGUGUACCUUCUGAAAGUGGCUAUUAUAGCAGAAGUGAGAAUUCAAGUAUAUCAUCAUUUACCCAACUGCAAACACAGAAUUCCAGAGUUAGACAAGCAAGUUUUCCUACGUCAGAUCAAACUGUUGUCAGUGUAGAUGUUGAAAAUAAUCAUACAAUUGAAGAUCAGUAUGAUAUAGACGAUGAUUUGUUUUUAGAGGAAGAAAUUCAGCGGGAAUUAGAAGAAAUGUCCAUGAGUCAGGCUGUGAUGCCACGUGGAAGUACAGCUUUGCCUACCACUUCAGGCAUUAGAUCACAUGCUUCAGCUACCAGUUGUACCUCUGAUCAAAACAUUCCUCCUUUUACAUAUUUGUCUACUAUAUUGGCCAGCAAAAGCAAAGAUAUAACUUGCAUAAAACUAAAAUCAUUUAUUGUAACCCUCAGUGGAAAUCUCUCUCACAGUGGUGGAUUAUGGAAUAUAAAGGCCAAAAUAUCUGAUGGAACAGGUUAUCUUAAUGUGGAAUUUAGUGACAAUGUUCUUACAAAAUUAAUAGGAUUUUCAGUGCCUGAAAUGAAAAGGUUGAAAAAGGACCCUAGUCAGCAAAAUACACUUAUGGAAGGACUUCAGAGAUGCCAAAUGAUGCUGACAGAUUUUUGUGGCAUUAUGACUAUUUCUUAUAACCCUGCCAAGGAGGAAGCUGUUGUACUGUCUCUGCAGGAUGUCACUGAGGAAAUUAUGCAGUCUUUACAAAGGCUGUUGCAUUCAUAGCUGUAGAAUGCAUUUGUUUUAUAUGUAUGUUCAACCAGUCAGUGUCUGAAAUAAGUGUGUUUAUGCAUCUCAUUUCUCUUUUUAACUUCUCCCUUUAGUAAUGAUGCUGGUGAAAAAUAGCUGUUGACUGGUUGGUAACAUUUUGAUUAUUGUUGAGCGAUAUCUUAUAUAUGUAAAGUUUUGUUCUGCCUUAAAUAAAUAUAAAUUAAAUUGUAGCUAAGCUGACUGAAUAUUUAUUUUUAAUUCCCCGUGGUAUCACUCUAAACAAUGCCUAUUCAUAGGGGUGUGGGUGUAACCAUGCAUGCUAAAAGGUCUUGUUUGCCCCAGCCAGUCACUAUACAUUUAAGUGCUAAAUGUCUCAAAUGAGUAGACGCUAUUGUUCGAUUAAGGAGAGGGAAGAAAAAGAUACAAGAUAUAUAUACAUUUUUAUUAACCUUAUUAAAAUAUAUAAUACAGUCACAUGGGUAUGUAAGCAAACCAUUUCAGUAAUGGAAAAUAAAAUUGAAAAAUGUAUUUGUUUUUUAUAUGUCUCCGCUGUCUUGAUAUGUAUUCUUGAAUGUUGCAAAUGUACUUGUAAGACCGUUUGACCUUUGCUCUUGCCCAUGAACAAUUGGGCUACUUUUACUUGUUAAUGAAGGCAGCGGUUACUUCGUUGAUCACAAACUUUCAUCUCACUGUAUAAAUUUUUUUUUUUUGCUUAUUUCAUUUCAUUUUGAGAACCAUUUUAUCAUACUAAUAAUCUGUUUUGAGUAUCAGUAUUGUAAUGUAGAACAAGUAGCGUUAACCUAAUGAAGCGACAGCAAGUUGCUUUGAGUGUAUAAGUGUGCACAUUAUCCUGGAUAGAGUAUUUCAACUAAUAAAUAGACAAAUGCAAAAUGAGUGGUAAAGGAGGGGUCUAUUUAUCAAACUUAGAA